AUGAAAAAGCAGAGAAAAUGUUCAUACAUGCAAUGCAAUUCUUUUAGAGAAAGCGCCGUAAAAUAUGCACACUGCAAAAAAACACUUUCUAUGCUUUUGCUCAUGCUUAUCUCUUUUGGUGCGGCCUCACAGAGUAUAUUCAGCCCAAGCAAAUACGAUUGGUUAAUUACAGCAGGCACUGAAAGUUUCAAAGUUACUAAGGAAAUGACCUUAGAAGAGCUCAAUAACUUAAUGGACCAGAAUGUCGCAAUACAGCUCACAUCAAAGAAUAUGUCUAAAGAAAAAAGCCUUGAGCUGCAGUAUAGCGCAGAGAUAGAGGCAGCCUUGUGCAAAUGGCUUUUCAGAGUAGAUGAGGUUGUUAUAACCAACUUACAGGCCAUUUCAGAUGGGGCUAUUAAUGCGCUGCCAUAUCUUAAAGGCUUAAAAAGCAUACAAAUAAGAAUUGAUGAGAAAGAUAAAUCUACCCUCAAUGCACGGCUGUCAUGUAUAUCAAAGUGCAAAGAACUAAAAUGCAUAGUUUUAGAUGUGCCCAAUUUAAAAAUAACUGAAAAGAUCGAGUGGGUUGCUCCAAACCUUAGUACUCUUUUCUUCAGAAAUCUGUCUUUCACAGGAGAAAUACAUUUGCAUCAAAUGAGCUCUAUAGAGCGCAUAACUAUUUUUGCAGAAAAAUUAAAUGCCUUUACAAUAGACUAUGCAUCCUUAAAGAAAGUGUCGCAAAAAGUGCAUGCAGAGAUACAUACAAAUCACAUGGGAAAUAUUCCGUUUGCAGCUAUCGCUAAUAAAUACUUUUUCCUAAGAAUCCUUAGUUUGAAUAAAAAUCAAUUUGCAGCAAAGCAGUACACAACUAUUACGGAUAAAAAAGGAAUUAUGCUGGGAUACGAUGCAUAUAUUCACAGAAUUAUAUCAUAUUUAUUUCUCCAGAGGAAGCAGAAAAUAUACUGCUGCCACAAAAAACCACUUUCAGACCUGUAUACACUGAUGAAGCAUGUAACACAUGCGCACAAGACAAAUAGCUUUUCACUUUUUACACAGAACAAAGAAAAAGACACUCACGAAAUAGUUAUUCCAAGAAUGAAUGAUGCAAUCAGCAGCAUGGUUAUACUAUCUCAGGCAGAAAAAGAAGAAAUAGCAGAGUUUUUACAGCAGGCCAUAAUACUUGAGUUGUGGGUGCUAGUCAAUGGGAUAUCUAUAAACAUAGAAUGCCCACUAAACUAUCCAUUGUCAGCUGAAAAAUGGAUACUUUAUCUGCCAAUUUUGCACAAACUAUCUUUCAUGUACCAGAGUGAGCCUGCUAACAUUCCAAGGUGUUUUUAUAAGCUGUACACACUUGACUCUCUUAUAGUUAGAGACAGCUCUUUGAAGAAUCUUUUCGAAAUAUUAGUAUCCAUGCCUGGGCUGCGAACAGUAGUAGUUGAAAACUGCCUGUUCAAGUAUGCUAGCUCACACAUGAUGCACAAGUAUAUUAAGUAUAGCAGGGUCUUCGAUCAAAAAAAGAGUAUUAAAAUAAGCGGCAAUAUUGAUGAAGAUGAACUCAAAUCACUGCGUGUGAAAAUAACGAUUUUCUGUUUUGUUUUAAUAGUAUUUCUGAUAGCUCUUUAUGCUAUGUCGCAUAUUUACUAUAAAAGCAAAAUGGAAAUUCCGCAGAGAGAGAGACAAAGAUACAGAAGUCUGCCAGACCUAAGACAAACCAAGAAUAGAAACUUAAGGUAG